ACAAUUUCUUUUCUGUCAUAUUUAGUUCCACUAAAAAUUCGGGCGUGCCGGAACUUGUAGGUUGUCCGGUUAAAAGAACGAGAUUUAGAAUUUUUAUUUUAGACGCAAACUAUUUUUAGGACAAAUUUGUUGUUUGAUUAUCAAAAUUGAAAAUUGUUAGCUGAAGUUGCGGUAUAUAGAAAGGGGAUUGGAUUCUUCAAUAGUCAUGUGGAUACAAGCAGGAGCAGUUAAGGGCUAGUUAGGAUUUCACAUGCAGAAGUUUUAUUGGGAGUAUUCGUUUAGUUGAGUGUUUGGCAUGGUUUAUGCAUGUAUUGUCUUGUUUUUGAUCCACAGCUGCAGAUUUUUUCUUGGUAUUUUGAGCUCAGAAGAAUCGAUUGAAAAACCCCAAGGUUUUUCUUCUGGGAAGUUGUCCUGCGAAUUAAUAGGGAUUCUUGGUAGGUGAGGGCUGCCUAGUUAUUUGCUGGAAGGAAUUGUGAUACGGUUUUCGCAUAGCCUAUCAGAUUGGGGGUUUUUCACUGUUGCCCACUUCAUCGUUUUCAUUACAUGCAGUCGACUGAGGAUUUUCUAGAUUGAGUCAUAACAACAGUGACGAGGAUAUUUAUUUGUUGGGGAACAGAGAUUGUCAGGUUUGCCAUCUUCAAGGUUGAAGCAAUAAGAAGUGCAGUCGUUUUUUUUGUUUUCCAGGCCGUCAAAUUAUUUUUUCAGAGGAUGCUAAGUUAUCCAGAAAUCAAUUUAUGCAGUCCCUGUCUGAGAUAGCUAAGGGUAUUAAGGAGAAAUUGGACAGACUUAUGGGAAGCUCCUCUGUUGCAGGUUUAAAGAUUCAUAGUUGCAGUUUUAGAGCUUCGAGAUUUGUUGAACUCAGAAGACUAAGUAGUACCGUGAAAGCUGUUUUGUGAAUCUGUUGUUGAUGCAGCGCUUUCAAAAAUUGAAUAUUUUGAGUGCAGAAAAGCCUGGGCAGGCUGUUUGAUUUCGUAGAGAAGCAUAUUUUGAUUGGGGCACAGUGGGAGAACAAGGUUGCUGACAAACUGUUUUUUUUACUCAGAAAUGAUGAGCACUCAGAAAGUGGAUAGUGUGCAGCAUGAAGGGUCCAUUUUAGGACCCAAAAACGCUAUCCAAAGUGUUCCUGCCCUUGUUGCUCAUCAAACCUCUAAUGCUGGUAAGUCUAAGUAUCCGACUUCUGUUCAACAGCCUCCUCUGCAGGCUGCAUCAUCUAAUUCUUCCGGAGCAGUGGAUUUUCACGGAACAAAAUCCAUUCCUCCAAUUUCAUUGGCCUCGUCAGGGAAGAAACUGAAUCCCGCACCUGUGUCCUCAAAUCUCUCUGCGUUAACAAAUGUCAUCGAUGUCGAGAAUGUCUCUUCCACAUCCUCAACGUUUUGUACUAAUUUGCAUUUCUCUCCCUCCUCAAUUUCACAACAUCGACAUCCAACUGCUCCCCUCCCAUUCCUUCCUCCUCCAUCAGAGUCUUCACUGAGGUCUUCUGUGAUGCCGCCCUCUCAAUCUGCAUUUUCUCAGUCUAUGUUUUCUGGGGAUUAUAUGCAACCGAGCUACGGCGACACACAUUCGGGGAAUCCUUUGGAAGAGUUUUUACACUUCCCUGAUGCUGCCUCUGAAUGUAGUCAAUAUGAUCAAACUGCUGCUAAUAGUGGACUGGUUGGUGGCGAUCAUUCCAAGUCUGCAGACUGGUCAGAUUGGGCACAACAACUAGCUCCUGAGGAGGAAAAUCUGGCUGCCAGUUGGACUAAUUUCCUUGUCGUGGAAGGUGAUGGAGAUCCUGGCUUGAAUACAAUAUAUCAGACUCAAAAUUUGCCAAACGCGGAUUCGGUUUUAUCCCAGAGGCAGAUUUCUCAGGAGUUUCUUGCCCCCAGGGGCGAUAAUCAAUUGGUUGCAAGCUCUACAUUGUCUGGAACUGGGAAUUCUAACAAGCCACGGUUGAGAUGGACUCCAGAACUACAUGAAGGAUUUGUGGAAGCUGUUAAGAAGCUGGGUGGUGGUGAUAAAGCGACUCCAAAAGGUGUUUUAAAGCUUAUGAAUGUGGAGGGCUUGACAAUAUAUCACGUGAAAAGCCACUUGCAGAAAUACCGGAUUGCCAAAUACAUUCCAGAUCAAACAGAAGUCAAAGCUUCUUGCAGUGCUGGACAGGAGGAAAACAAUUCUUCUGACAAUGUGCCUGUUUUGGACCUGAAAACGGGCAUGCAAAUUACAGAGGCAUUGCGGUUGCAGAUGGAGGUCCAAAAGAAGUUACACGAGCAACUUGAGAUCCAAAGGUCACUGCAAUUGCGUAUAGAAGAACAUGGAAGAUAUCUGCAGAAGAUGUUUGAAGAGCAACAGAGAACAAGUGACUCAGUUAAGAUUGAAAACCUCUCUGCUCCCAUAGGUCCUUUGGUACAGUCUUCUGACGUUGCACUUGAUAGUGGAACUAAUCCUGCUGGGAAUAUGGAGGGAGUACAGCAAGAGAAGAGUGACUUAAAGGCUGUAGAUUCAAAUUCUAUGCAUGAACCACUUCCAGUUGUCGACAAGAAUUUGAAAGUUUUGGAAGAUGACACUAAAAAGAUAUCUUAUGAGUCAGUUCUCGAGUCUGAAGAUCAAUCAACAUCCCCACCUGUAAAACGUAUUAAAACAGACACUGAAAACACAAGCAUGAAUAUGCUAGGACGUGGACCUUCCAAAGUUGCUAGCAAUUAAACAUCACAGCAGAUUAAAUCUUGGCACUGAAAUUGCACUCUCUGAUAUGAAAUCAGUCCUAAAUCCAGAAUUGUUGGUAGCAUGAUGAGCAGUGCAGGACAUAAGAGUCCACAGCCUUAGGUCUAUGUUAGUUUUUGCUGUAAGAACAACUGUUAACUUUGGAAAUGGUUUAUUCAAAUUGGUAAAGAAUCUUUCCAGCAUGCAUGUAAGAAUGCCGGCAAUCAAACUGGGGCCUCAUUUGGGUAAUUUAAUUGGGCCCUCAUUUGGGUAUAUGGUUAGGUUGGUUUGAACGAUAGUCAAUUUGUAUAAAUUUAAUUGGGGCCUCAUUUGGUUAUGGUCAGGUUGGUUUGAAGGAUGGUCAAUUUACGUGAGUUUAAAGCUCAAUUCUAAAGUUUUCCGAGCCA